AUGUCUAAACAACAGUUGUUGCGUGUGUUUUUAAAUGAGCGUUUAACGGUGGCUGCUGUGGAGAUUUUCGGGGCAGUUGAGAAAACGGUAGUGGAGUACCAGGAGGAGAAUGAUCAGCUACGGAGAAUGCUGCGUUUGACUCCGGAGAUACAACUAUGUCGAAUAGGUUCGUAUGUAGAUACUGAUAGCUAGCUAUAGUUCCACUUUAUUGAUGAACUGUUAACUGAUCACGUCUUCAUACAUUUUGAAGAAGUUGUUUUUAAACUUACCGUGUAUGGAUAAAAAUAUUGUCCUAAAAACAGGAAGUGAUUUUAAUAUAUAAUUCAAAAAUGCUUAAACUUUAGUAAUAAAUAGCUUCUCCAAUUACUGAGAAGUAAUUGAAAAUGGAUUCUAGUUUUUAAUUAUUGAAUUGGAAUUAUAGUUUACCUAGCCUUGAAUUUACUGGCUUAUAAAUUCAAAUUGACCCCAACCCUGAUGUCUGAAGCCUGUAUAGAACCCCACAGUGGAGGUGUCAUAAUACCCAUAAAACCUAGCGGUCAAACAGGGAAAUGGUUCCAAUCGUUUUUCCACCAUUGGAGACGGUUUCGUGUAGGCUUACCCUAGCGUGACGUUUUGAUAACCAUGUAAAUCUCUCUCAUAGAAGGUGACUUUUAGCAAUAUAUUCGGCAUUGGCGGUCGAUGCCAAUGUAACAUUGCUAGGUUUAGGCUACUACAUGAUACUCACAUGUUCCCUAUACCCAUCAUGAGGUUGCUACAAACUAGCCUAUGAAUGAAAGUUUACAACAUAGAUGCACAGGUUGAGAAACAUUUGAGUAAUCAAGGUGACAGACAGCGACACAUUUAAUACCGCCUUGCACACUCUUGCCUGCAUCUAGCGGAUCUAGGUUGUAAUCAUUAGUCCAACAGUUGCAAACAAGUGUUUCUAUUGGACAAAUUCAGGUAUGUUUAUUCCCAUUCCGUUUGCUUCUGUUUAAUAAAGUUUUUCAACAGAAUCGGUGGAAUGAAUACACCCCUGAUCACACGCAAACACAGUUCACUUUCAUAGCAGCCACAUACAAACAGUAUGACCACUUUGAAUAUUGUAGCUAUAAUUCCUUCUCACAUUUACAUGCUCUCCUCCUCUCACCUUUUCCCUUCAGUGCACAACACAUCAGCUGUCUCUGACCAGGCGAAAAAAUCUUUACAAGCAACACCUUCAUAUCAUAACCGCUACACACAUCCUACAUCAUUGUAACCGUUAUUAGCUAACGUCAUAGUCAGCAAAAAAAUCUUUCCAAUCCGAACCUUCAUAUAUACAGUGGGGAGAACAAGUAUUUGAUACACUGCCGAUUUUGCAGGUUUUCCUACUUACAAAGCAUGUAGAGGUCUGUGAUUUUUAUCAUAGGUACACUUCAACUGUGAGAGACGGAAUCUAAAACAAAAAUCCAGAAAAUCACAUUGUAUGAUUUUUAAGUAAUUAAUUUGCAUUUUAUUGAAUGACAUAAGUAUUUGAUACAUCAGAAAAGCAAAACUUAAUAUUUGUUACAGAAACCUUUGUUUGCAAUUACAGAGAUCAUACGUUUCCUGUAGGUCUUGACCAGGUUUGCACACACUGCAGCAGGGAUUUUGGCCCACUCCUCCAUACAGACCUUCUCUAGAUCCUUCAGGUUUCGGGGCUGUCGCUGGGCAAUAUGGACUUUCAGCUCCCUCCAAAGAUUUUCUAUUUGGUUCAGGUCUGGAGACUGGCUAGGCCACUCCAGGACCUUGAGAUGCUUCUUACGGAGCCACUCCUUAGUUGCCCUGGCUGUGUGGUUCGAGUCGUUGUCAUGCUGGAAGACCAAACCACGACCCAUCUUCAAUGCUCUUACUGAGGGAAGGAGGUUGUUGGCCAAGAUCUCACGAUACAUGGCCCCAUCCAUCUUCCCCUCAAUACGGUGUAGUCGUCCUGUCCCCUUUGCAGAAAAGCAUCCCCAAAGAAUGAUGUUUCCACCUCCAUGCUUCACAGUUGGGAUGGUGUUCUUGGGGUUGUACUCAUCCUUCUUCUUCCUCCAAACACGGCGAGUGGAGUUUAGACCAAAAAGCUCUAUUUUUGUCUCAUCAGACCACAUGACCUUCUCCCAUUCCUCCUCUGGAUCAUCCAGAUGGUCAUUGGAAAACUUCAGACGGGCCUGGACAUGCGCUGGCUUGAGCAGGGGGACCUUGCGUGCGCUGCAGGAUUUUAAUCCAUGACGGCGUAGUGUGUUACUAAUGGUUUUCUUUGAGACUGUGGUCCCAGCUCUCUUCAGGUCAUUGACCAGGUCCUGCUGUGUAGUUCUGGGCUGAUCCCUCACCUUCCUCAUGAUAAUUGAUGCCCCACGAGGUGAGAUCUUGCAUGGAGCCCCAGAACGAGGGUGAUUGACCGUCAUCUUGAACUUCUUCCAUUUUCUAAUAAUUGCGCCAACAGUUGUUGCCUUCUCACCAAGCUGCUUGCCUAUUGUCCUGUAGCCCAUCCCAGCCUUGUGCAGGUCUACAAUUUUAUCCCUGAUGUCCUUACACAGCUCUCUGGUCUUGGCCAUUGUGGAGAGGUUGGAGUCUGUUUGAUUGAGUGUGUGGACAGGUGUCUUUUAUACAGGUAACGAGUUCAAACAGGUGCAGUUAAUACAGGUAAUGAGUGGAGAACAGGAGGGCUUCUUUAAGAAAAACUAACAGGUCUGUGAGAGCCGGAAUUCUUACUGGUUGGUAGGUGAUCAAAUACUUAUGUCAUGCAAUAAAAUGCAAAUUAAUUACUUAAAAAUCAUACAAUGUGAUUUUCAGGAUUUUUGUUUUAAAUUCCGUCUCUCACAGUUAAAGUGUACCUAUGAUAAAAAUUACAGACCUCUACAUGCUUUGUAAGUAGGAAAACCUGCAAAAUCGGCAGCGUAUCAAAUACUUGUUCUCCCCACUGCAUAUAUUUUUUUUUGUCAUUUAGCAGACGCUCUUAUCCAGAGCGACUUACAGUUUUUUUAGUGAGUGUAUACAUUUUAAUACUGGCCCCCCGUGGAAAACGAACCCACAACCCUGGCGUUGCAAACGCCAUGCUCUACAAACAAAUCUUUACAAGCCUUCAUAUCAUAACCACUAACCGUUACACACAGCCUACAUCGUUGUAACCAUUAUUAGCUAACGUCAUAGUCAGCAUAGCUACUAGAACUAACACGUUAGUAAAACCUCUACAAUCAUGCAGUACAGUGUAGUCAGCAAGCAGUUUAGCGGUUACACCAGUGGGCCCCAGUGGCAAUAAAUUAAUACAACCAAAAGCUUACCUUGACUUGGAAGAGUUCAGUGUUAGCCAUAGCCAGUGAAAAAUAUACUAAAUAUAGCUAGCUCUCUCUUCCAAUUUUGAAGAAAUGAAUUCGUUCAAAAGUGUUCAACUAUUGUCUUUCUCUCACUUUGAGUCAACUACUCACCACAUUUUAUGCACUGCAGUGCUAGCUAGCUGUAGCUUAUGCUUUCAGUACUAGAUUCAUUAUCCAAUCCUAUGAUUGUGUGGACAACAUGUUAGUUCAUGCUGCAAGAGCUCUGAUAGGUUGGAGGAUGUCGUCCGGAAGUUGUCAUAAUUACUGUGUAAGUCUAUUAAGAGGGCAAGAACCAUGAACCUCCUAGGUUUUGUAUUGAAAUCAAUGUACCCAGAGGAGGACAGAAACUAGCUGUCCUCCGGCUACACCAUGGUGCUAACUUACAGAGUGCUGCUGAGGCUACUGUAGACUUUCAUUGCAAAACAGUGUGUUUUAAUCAAUUAUUUGGUGACGUGAAUAUAUUUAGUAUAGUUUUAUCUAAAAAGGAUAACUUUUUAAAUGUUUCACUAUUUGAUUUUUUAUGAAAUUCACUGAGGAUGAUGGUCCUCCCCUUCCUUUGAGGAGCCUCCACUGAUAUUCGGCUCUAUUUACUCUGAUUCUAAAAUGCUAAUUAGCAUCAAAGUAGACAUAAUACAAAACUACAAAUCCCUGCAAGCGCCUGCACGUCAUCUCUAACGGACACCUUUGCGAUCAGGUAUUUUGUCCAUUUAAAACUUGCACAAGACAGUUCACAGAAUUGUCAAUUUGUAAGAAAUGAAGCCAAUUUAUGCAUUACUAUAUUUAGAUAACAUUAGAUGGUUAAUCCAGAGAUUCUUAACUUUGCCUCGAUUCGACAGUCUCGUCCAGAUCAUCAUGGCGUUUGUAGUUCUUUAUGAUAGCCACAUUAGGAGCUAAUUAGCAUUUCAUUUUUGGGGGAUGAAUAGAAGUGAAUAUAUUGAUAAAUGUCACCUUGUCCUAGAGAGAUUUACACAGUUAUCAAAACGUCACGCCAGGGUAAGCCUACAUGAAACACAGUCCUUAUUUUAAGACAUUGUAAAAUCCCCUAUGGGAAAAAUUAAUGGUGGAAAAACGAUUAGAACCAUUUCCCUGUUUGACCAUUAGGUUUUAUGGGUAUUAUGACUCAUACUGUGGUAAUUUGGUAUUUUAUUAGGAUUCCCAUUAGCUGUUGCAAAAGCAGCAGCUACUCUUCCUGGGGUCCACACAAAACAUGACAUAAUACAGAACAUUAAUAGACAAGAACAGCUCAAGGACAGAAUUACAUAAAUGUUUAAAAAGGGCACAAGUAGUGAUAUGACGACUGUUUGAUACAGGAUUCAUUAAUGUAGGUACAACUCCUAAGCUGUAUGUGGGAGAGAGGACAAGGACACGCCAUGUGUUUAUAGAAGUCACUGGUGAAUGAGGGUCGGUGAUAGAUUGGGGGCCACUUGGGAUAAUCUUAUAAGGUAAACGUGAUGGACUGGCCUGGCUAGGGUGACACACAAUCCCAAGUAUGUGGAUGCUAUUGUAGUAGAUGAGUGACACUCAAUAAUGGUUGGCAACUGUUUGGGACAGAAGCAGCUCGGAGAGCAUUAAAUAAACUUGAGAGAUUUUCUAUGGAAGUCAUUCAUAUGACAAGAGGCUACGUCCGUACCGCCUGUCAUUGAAUCCAGUACUGUUACCAUUAAAUAGUGACUGAAUCAAAUCUCCAUCUAAGUGUCGACUACUCUCUUGCAUCCUGAACUUCUCGAUACCAGAAACUCAUCAUAACACGUAGCCUACAUAUCAAUACAUACACACAACAUAUCUAAGUCAAAUAGGGGAGAGGCGUUGUGCCGUGAGGUGUUGCUUUAUCCGUUUUAUUUAAACCAGGUUUGCUGUUUAUUUGAGCUGUAUGAGAUGAAACAGAGUUCCAUGCAACAAUGGCUCUAUAUAAUACUGGACGCUUUCUGGAAUUAGUUCUGGAUUUGGGGACUGUGGUAACCUCUGCUCCUCCUCUCCUUCCCUCCAGACUCCCUGCAGCUCUCUGUCUCUGUCUCUGAAGAGGAGGUUCCCCCUGAGCAGCAGCACUGUGAGCAGGAGUGGAGCCCCAGUCUGGGGCAGGAGGACCCAAAGCCCACACAGAUUAAAGAGGAACAGGAGGAACUCAGUAUCAGUCAGGAGGAAGAGCAGCUUCAAGGGCUGGAGGCUGAUAUCAUAGAGUUCAUAUUCACUCCUCCUUGUGUGAAAAGUGAAUGUGAUCUGGAGGACCCACGUCAAGAAGCCAUACUAGCUGAACACCCAACUCUCAGUCCACUGAAAAUCUCUAAACUACAGUUGUUUCGAGAGUUUUUAAAUGAGCGUUUAACGGCGUUUGCUGCUGUGGAGAUUUCCGGGGCAUUUGCGAAAACAUUAGCGGAGUACCAGGAGGAGAAUGAUCGACUACGGAGACUGCUGCGGAUCUCACCGGAGAUAAAACUAUGUAGAAUAGGUUUGUAUGUAGAUCUUCUGAUAUCUUCAUACAGUUCUACUCAAUUAA